CGCUAUCUCUCUCUGUCUCAAUCUUAAUCUUAAUUUCAAUCUUUUAAAAUCUAUCUCACUUCCCCUUGUUUGAAUCGUGUAUCAAUUAGUGCCUGUUUUGCUGUUAACACCAAAUUUGUAAUAGAUAUGUGGUGGAUAUUCGUUUUCAUGAUUUUGACAGCAGCCAGCUGUCACCCUCCCGAAAUACUGUACUCUUGGGAUAAGCUUGAUUAUAACUUUCCGAAUGAAUCAAUGAGAAUGGCAUAUAUCGCUUCCGGAGAUUUCAUUCAGGCUGACAACCUUCCAGUGGGUGUUAGUGUGUGGAGGGACAAAAUGUUCAUUACAGUUCCCAGAUGGAAGAAAGGCGUCCCAGCAAACUUAAAUUAUAUUUCAAUGUCUGAAAGUACAGGCAAGUCUCCACAACUCACUCCUUACCCCAAGUGGGAGACUAAUGAUGUUCAUUCAAACAACAAUGAUGUAACUAUCAGCAUCUUUCGUACGAGAGUCGAUGCCUGCGAUCGACUUUGGGGCGUUGACACCGGAAUCGAUGAUAUAUUGGGCGAUACGAAAAUAGUCCGGCCUCCACGACUCAUCGUAAUUGAUCUGAAUUCGAAUAAGAUAAUUCGUAGCUACACUUUAAAAGAUUCGGAUCAGAAAGCCGAUUCCUUCUUCGCCGACCUUGCCGUCGAUGUAGACAAAGAUUCCUGUAACGACGCCUACGCGUACUUAUCUGAUCUUGGAGGAUACGGUCUGGUCGUUUACAGCUGGGCACAAAAUAAUUCUUGGAGAUUCCAUCACAAUUACUUUCAUUUUGAUCCAUUGAAUGGCGACUACAACGUCACGGGGAUAAAUUUCCACUGGACCGACGGCGUAUUCGGACUGGUGGUGUCGCCACACCGGGAAGAUGGAUCGAAGACAUUGUACUUCCACGCUUUGUCCGCUGUUCGUGAAUUCUCCGUAUCCACGGCCGUGUUGAGGAACGAGUCGAGCGCCUCGUCGGAUAAUUAUUAUUUAUUCACGUUAGCGGGUGAGAAAGGCCAAGGCAGCCAGGGCACUUCCUCAGCAAUUGAUUUGCAAACAGGAAUCAUUUAUUUCACGCAAAUCAACCGACACGGGAUCGCUUGCUGGAAUACGAAGGAACCACUUAAUCCCAACACAUUUAAUCUCAUAAGUCAAGAUUUGGAAAAAAUGUCAUUUCCAAAUGACAUAGCAAUCGAUCCAUUGGGUAAAAAUUUAUAUACCUUAGUAAGUAAUGUUCCAAAAUUGAUGUAUGAUCGCUUAGAUGCGAACAAUAAGUUCUACAUAUUUCUCAAUAGUUUAGAGACAGUAGGUCACCAUUGUGACACUUAAUUAUAUAAUUAAUGUAAUGAAUCAU